AUACGGAAACACGCUGGCCUUCUCAUGUGGGAUCGUCUCCAGCUGGUGUAUUGUCACUUUUUUAAUUAUUUUGGGACAUUCCGGUUUCUGACUGGAGAUUAUUUAUUUGCUCGUUCUAACUAAAUGUCAUCCCGUCCGGGACUUGUGCCAGCCUUGUUAGAUACUGAGAACGGUAAGCGGUUCAGAAAUAAAUCGACGGGUUGUCUGUUGUAAGAGGCUUGGUAUUCCAGCUGCAGUGCCAUCUGACAGUGUUGAGGGAACAUUUCGAAACUGUGUAAAGACGUCGAUGGAACGAAUUCUGUAAUCUUUUAAGUCGCUGAAAUCCCCGUGUUAUCCCUUACUGAAAACGUCCGCGCGUCUCCGCAGAAGAUCGGAGAACCGCACUGGUGAGACGUUUGAACACGAAGAGACUGCCAGCUACAUCAUACGUAUAAUUUCCACAGCUCGCGCUGAGACUGGACUGCGCAGAAGCUCGACGAGCAGAACGCGAGAGAACAGAACGAGGUCCAUUGGAAAACGUCAUUUCCUCGCCUUGAAGCCUAAAGUCCAAGUCCCGCCCACCACCUCGCUUACGUUUUGUCCUCUCAGCCAAUCAUAUCAGAGGAAAACGUUCCACCGACAGCACUGCCCUGGCAACGUGUAAAAGAAGCGAUGACGUACCCGCGCGAGUAUUAUGGUCUGUGUGGCGUUAAGCAGCAGAAGCAGCAGGAAAAAAAAAUCGAGAGCUUUGAGUAAACAUGGAGCUUUCGGCUGUUGGCGAGCGGGUGUUUGCAGCCGAGUCUAUCAUUAAACGCAGGAUCCGAAGAGGGCGAGUGGAAUACCUGAUCAAAUGGAAGGGCUGGUCUCAGAAGUAUAGCACCUGGGAACCUGAAGAAAACAUCCUAGAUGCCCGUCUGUUCGCAGCCUUUGAGGAAAGAGAACGAGAAAGAGAGCUGUUUGGGCCUAAAAAACGGGGACCGAAACCCAAAACGUUUCUGUUAAAGGCACAAGCUAAAGCCAAAGCCAAAACUUACGAGUUCAGAAGUGAUUCGGCCAGGGGCAUCCGGAUCCCUUAUCCUGGAAGACCUAAUCCUGAAUCUGGUGGUGUCCCUUCCAGGUCCAGAGAAGGACUAAGGAAUAUUGUGCCCACUCUUAUGCCACCUAGCAGCAUCAAAAGAGGAGAAAAUGUCCAAAACAUCAGACCAGUGGAGGCUGCCCAUGACCAGAAAGUGCUUACAACAGAAAAACUGCUAACAGAAGGGGUUUUGAUGCCAAAAAAGAGAGGCCCUAAACCAGGAAAAUCCCGCUUUAAAAGCAAUCUGCACAGUUCAGUGCCACCACCGCAUAAAAGAAUCAAGAUUGAUGGUCAGGAUGGCAACGCUGAACACUACUCUUCAACAAAACAGGUCAAGCAUGAUAUCGCUGAUAAGACUGCUGCGGGUCUGAGUGUCAUCCAGUUGGUGAGAAAACCGCAGUCGGAAGGAAGUUCUGGCCACAGAGAAGGGCAAGUGGCACCAAGUGGGAGUUCACACACGUACGGUUCAGAACACGGCCUGUCUUUUGCUAAACCCACUUUAGAUAGCCCAGCCCUGAUAAGGACUAACAACCGUGCUGACAGUUUUGGGCAAACACAUCAUAAGGUAAAGCCCACGGGGAAGAACAAUGUGUGUGGGUCCACAAGUACUUUGUCACGUUCGAAACAAUCACUUAUCGCCAAAAUACCCGUGUCAAGGUUACUGGGGGAGGCCGAGGAAGAAUCUUGGAGCCCGUCUCUGAAUAACCUGGAGAAAGUGAUUGUCACGGACGUCACCACAAACUUUAUCACAGUGACUAUUAAAGAGAGCAGCACAGAUCAAGGCUUCUUUAGGGAAAACAGCUAAGGUGUUGUGCACCAAGUGCAGAAGAGUGAACGUUGUGUUUUCUUUUGUAAUUUGAAAUCAAAGACUACUUUGUCAUUUGAUGCCAGGACAAUGGCGAGGCCAUCAAGAAGACCAUUCUGUGACUAAUUUGAUCCUUUUCUGUAUUUGCAAAUUUAUUUAUUUUACACUGUAUGUAGACCAAAGGUCUUCAUAUAUGUACUUGGUGGGACUUUGACAUAUACAGACAUUGUAAGUGUCCCAUAAACUGUGUGCCGGAAACAUGUGAAGCUAUAAUUGUGUGCGUGCAGAGAGGAGAGGACAGGGGCUUCCUUGGCAUUGUACCAUUCUAUCAUUUAUGAAUUUUUGUUUAAUAUAUGUAGAUUUUUUUUUGUUUGUCUGUAACAUUGUUCUAAUUUGAUUACAAAGGCUACAUUUCAGUAAAAGUAACAAAAUCCACCAAGUAUAGGUGUUUAUAUUUCGAAAGGUGUACAUUUGAAAGAGAAUUAGAGUACAAUGUAUUUUAGUCAUUCGCCAAAGAAGGAUUUGCUUUUCUUUUAAGAGUAUUUAAUUCAAACCUCCUCACUAGGUUGUAAAAAUGUGACAUUUGCACUUUAGUUAUGUGUAAGCUUCUGUAAAUAACUCAAAAACCAACGAAAAGAAUUAAAAGCCUCCUAGAUGGUU